AUGCCUGACGCCAAAGGUCAAGGUUUCGAUUACCAUGAUACAUUGAUCAUCGCCCAUGCGGUCUUCGCAUCGAUGGCCACACUCAUUACUGCCCCAGCUGCCAUCCUCGUCGCGCGCUACUUUCGCUCGCGUGCCUGGUGGUUCAAGGCCCAUGUCGUCCUCCAGACUCUGACUGUUGUAUUCACAGUCAUUUUCUUCACGCUGAGCACCGUCGCUGUCGCUAGUGGAGGCCACGGUACACAGUUCGUAGGCCCAAAAAAAGAUCCACACCACGACUUGGGUCUCUCCGUCGUCAUCUUGCUUUGGGUAGAAGCCAUAUUCGGCAUUGCUGCUCACUACACGCACACAGAACAUUCGAAGACUCAUAGCGCAUUCCCGACGAUCAAGGCUAGGAAAAGUCCUUUGAGACAUCUUCACGCCUGGUAUGGUAUUUUUGUGGCCGGCUUACUUUACGCAGGGAUGAAGACUGGGAUUGACGAGUGGAAUAUGGUAGCCGACUCUGGAACGUUGGUGCCCAGCGGUAUUCAGAUCGCGUUUUGGGUGAUCUUCUCUCUGGAGAUUGCUGCGUACGUUAUCGGAUGGACUUUGGAGGCAUUCCGUGGUAAAUCGAAUCUGCGCAUGAUAUCGGACCACUCUACAGACGAAGAUAAAGAUGGAUCUCCUUCCAUCUGA